AUGUCGUAUACCAAAAGUACUCGCGACAGUGGCCUUGGGCUUAAUGAGGAUUUCGCCCCUCCACCUGGUCCUCCACCUCCAAUAAUGCCCGAAGGAUGGGUCGCACGUUUUGAUGAGCGCUACCAACGCUUCUACUAUGUCAACACCUACACAAAACAAUCACAAUGGGAGAAGCCGCCGGGGACUAUUGACCCUCCUGCUCUAGGUCGGAGUCCCACUGAUUUCGACCGUCCACCGCCUAUAACAGCGAAACCUCAACAGCAGCAGCAACAAUACCUACAACCUCCUCGACCCCAGACUUCAACUUCAGGCUCAAGUUCUCCUUCGCGAGGGCUUAGCGGGCGCUUGUCAUCGUUUCUAAAAUCACAUGCUGCCAAGUCGCCCCGACCACAGCAGCAGCAAUACUACUAUCAGCAGCAGCAGCUUCCGGUAUACUAUGGCGGUGGUGGAGGCAUGAUGGGAGGACAGAGAAGACCGGGAAUGGGUGCCGGUGGCGCGGCAGCGUUAGGUGUAGGUGGUGGUUUGUUAGGAGGUAUGUUGUUGGCAGACGCGAUGGAUGAUCAUCAAUACGAUCAAGGCUUUGAGGAUGGACAGGAUUAUGGCGGUGGUGGGGAAUUUGGUGGUGAUAUGGAUUUUGGUGGAGGCGACUUUAAGUAA